AUGUAUCCAGGCAGUGGACGUUACACCUAUAAUAAUACUGAUAGCAAUAAUGGGUAUCAACGUCCCAUGGCACCUCCUCCUGGCCAACAAUAUGGGCAGCGAUAUGGGCAACAAAAUGAUCAGCAAUAUAACCAGCAAUAUGCUCCUCCUCCGGGUCCUCCGCCUAGGAACUAUAACAGGCCUGUGUACCCUCCUCCUCAGUUUCAACAGGAACAAGCAGAGGCCCAGUUAAGCAACGGUUACAACAAUCCUAAUUUAACCGCAUCUAAUAUGUAUGGCCCUCCCCAGAAUAUGUCGCUUCCUCCACCCCAAACACAAACUAUUCAGGGCGUAGACCAGCAAUAUCAGUAUUCCCAAUGUACUGGGCGCAGAAAAGCUUUGAUUAUCGGUAUCAACUACAUAGGUUCGAGAAAUCAGCUACGUGGUUGUAUCAAUGAUGCUCAUAACAUCUUCAAUUUUCUGACUAAUGGGUACGGUUAUAAGUCAGAUGACAUUGUCAUAUUAACAGAUGAUCAAAACGAUUUGGUUAGGGUUCCUACCAGGGCUAAUAUGAUCAGAGCCAUGCAAUGGUUGGUUAAGGGUGCACAACCCAACGAUUCUUUGUUCCUUCAUUACUCUGGACAUGGUGGACAGACCGAGGAUUUAGAUGGAGACGAAGAAGACGGGAUGGAUGAUGUUAUAUAUCCGGUUGAUUUUGAAACUCAAGGACCCAUUAUCGACGACGAAAUGCACGAUAUAAUGGUGAAGCCCUUACAACAGGGUGUUAGACUGACGGCCUUGUUCGAUUCCUGUCAUUCAGGUACAGUAUUGGAUCUGCCAUAUACAUAUUCCACUAAGGGGAUUAUCAAGGAACCCAAUAUUUGGAAGGAUGUAGGCCAGGAUGGGCUUCAGGCUGCCAUUUCAUAUGCUACAGGAAACAGGGCUGCUUUAAUGGGAUCUUUAGGUUCUAUAUUCAAGACCGUCAAGGGGGGCAUGGGCAACAAUGUGGAUAGAGAGCGCAUCAAGCAGAUUAAAUUCUCGCCCGCAGAUGUGGUCAUGUUGUCGGGCUCCAAAGAUAAUCAAACUUCUGCUGAUGCUGUCGAAGAUGGUCAAAACACAGGUGCCAUGUCGCACGCCUUUAUCAAGGUGAUGACUUUACAACCCCAGCAAUCCUAUUUGUCUCUUUUGCAAAACAUGAGAAAGGAAUUAGCUGCAAAGUAUUCUCAAAAACCACAAUUGUCAUCGUCACAUCCCAUUGACGUCAAUUUGCAAUUCAUUAUGUAA